GGCCUGUCAAAAUAUUACGCAGCGCGCUAGCUCCUGUGGUGAUGUUUUUGUAGUCGCUUCACUUCACUUUGAAGACAUGGCAGCCAAAAUGGAGCUUGCGCCCAUCAGAGCGUGGGAUGAUUUCUACCCCGGGACAGACCGGUUCGCCAAACCCGAAUUCGGAGAUUUAGCAAAGUGGAACAACAGAGUGAUCAGUAAUCUUAUGUACUACCAGACUAAUUAUUUCGCCGUGGCUGUGGCCGUUUUCCUCAUUGUAGGGUUCAUGAACCCAUUUGGAAUGUUUCUGGGAGGAGCUGUGGUGACUCUGGUCUUCGUGGGCUCAGUGUGGGCAGGAGAGAACCAGGCCAUGGUGAAGAACUUCAAAAAGAAGAACCCAACAGUGUUUGUCAUCUGUGUAAUGGUCACCAGCUACUUCCUGCUGUCGCUGUGUGGAGGCGUCCUGGUCUUUAUCUUUGGCAUCACCUUCCCCUUGCUGUUAAUUCUGAUCCAUGCCUCCCUGAGACUCCGCAACAUGAAGAACAGACUGGAGAACAAGAUUGAGGGUGUUGGGCUGAAGAAGACCCCCAUGGGCCUCCUCAUGGAACUCCUGGAUCAGCAGGAGGAGAAAAUGAACAAGAUUCAGGAUUUCAUUGAGAGCAAAAUGAAAGAUUAAGGCUAUAAUCAAACAAGUGCCAAGGGGAGUUGGUAUCAUACGGCAUGGAUUAAAACCUCCUUAGCAUAGUCCCAUGUGUGGAGUUUUGUUGUUCUGUUACUGAUGGCAUUCCCAUUCUUUAUAUCCAUUACUUUAGUCUCUUAUACUUUUGUGUGACUUUACUCACAGAUAGAUGGUAACAUUAUAACAUGAUUUGCACACUCACAGCGUGGAUUGGAUGUUGAAAGACAAUGGGAACCAAAAAAAGUUACCAAAGGUAUUCAUGUGUCAAAAGUUGUUCCAAAAAAACAUCAUUAUCCUUGUCCACGACGCACUUUGUUCCAUGUGACGACUGACGUUGUAUUUCAGCAAAAUGAAGCAGAGAGUCCGAAAACAAUGUCUGGUGUUGUUAUAAAAUAACAACUGUUUGUUUUUAAAAAAAAUAAUCAGAUGCUUGCAGUUUGCUACCUCAAAACAAGCAUGUUUGAUUCACCCAGUGAAAUGCUUAUUAAACAGCAAUAAAUCCCAUUUUGUCACAUCAGGAGCUGAAUACUGAUCUGAGACCUGUUUGUAGACACAAUUAUCUGCUCAUGGAAGUUUAAAUAUUGCUUUUCUCACAAGAUGUGUGUCCUUGGUUCCUGACCAUACAGGCUGGCCUGAGUGUAUCCCUUCUGAUCACAGCUAUGCAAUAUUUAAAAAUGAAUGGCAAGUGCAGCUUUAUUGUUUGAAUAACGUCAUGAUAUGUAUAUGUUCGUUCUGAUGUGUCUUUAUUUCCAUGAUAUAGCAUGCAGAAAUAUAUCAAAUGGCUACAGGAUACAGAAAUAUUAUAUUAAUAAAUUGCCCGUUCUAUUUUCCCCAUUUUCUGUUAGGAUUAAAUCACUUGUCCUUGUGAAAAAAAAAUCUAAAUUCAAUGUGUUAUGUUAAGUGUUUGUUUUAUACUGAAAGAGUGAGCAGUUUCCUGUUGCUUUUACACAUGUGCACAUUAACUGCUUUGUCUUAGUGCCACUUUCACAGUUGGCAGUUCAGGAAGAUUCUUUAUGUUACACAGAUGCUAAAUUAUAUAUUUUCUGUUUUUAUGCAACUGUUUCAUCUUGACAGAGUGAUGAUUCAUUCACAGUACUGGACUUAAAACAUGGCGGUCAUAUAUACAAAUAAAGAUUACCUGAUUUA